UAAAACCGUGAUGGGGACAUUGUCGUAAAAAUUUCGAGUACCGUUCCCAGGCAUCACGUAGUGACUCAUCUGACUCCUGGCGGAAAUGAGUGAUCUCCCGCUAAAUCUCUGAGGUCUUCGAGGCCGGAUGGUACCUGUGCACGAACUUUUUGGAUAGAUCGUCCCAGGAAGUGAUGGACAAUGGUGGCUGGGUCUUUAGCCACCUCUUUGCAUGCCCCACCAAAGAGUGGCGGAAGAGGUGAAGACGGAUCGCAUCAUCUGGUACACCAUUCAGCUUGAACCCAUUGGUAAGCUGCAAUUACCUGGAAAGGUGCACCCUCGCCUCCUCAUCCUUGAGGCCAUGAAACUGGAUGGAGGAUGUUAUCAGUUGAAUCUAGCAUGGCUUGAUCUCGAAGUUAUUUGGUGGAAUGGGCGGAUACAGGAUGACGGGGCGGAUGUCAGCGAUCUUGCGGGGGUGGUUGAUGUUGAGCACCAUCUGCUUGGGGAACUAGAUUAUUGGCCAGAAUCCGAUUCACCCGGGGAACCUGCAUGGACAUCCUAGGGGUUGGUUCUGACCCAGGUUCAGGUUCACCCUGUUGUGCUCGUCGCCAAUUUCGUACUCCUAAUAGGAGUCGCUGCUUAGAUGGCCGUCAACGUGCACUUCCUUCGUAGCCAGUCUUGUUCGUUGUUCUCUCCUAAGCUGGUGACAAGUGCGUUCUAGCUCCGGAUCCAAUGGUAAUAAUUCUCCUGACUGGCUACGAGUCAUACACUACCUGCACACAGCCAAGCAAGCAAAUCCGUGAAGGCACAAGUGGGACAAAGCAAAACAAUCAAUGCUGAAAAGAAAUGCUAAAGUAACAG